AACCAAAUAAGAAAAACGUGAUGAAUAUUACAGACCGAGUGAAAGAUAUUUUCACAAUUCACUCCCAAGUCCACCUACAAAUCUGACUCUUUUCUCCAACAAUCAAAUCAAUUCAAUUCAAAUCAAAUAUUACAAAUCAUAAAUCAAUAAUCAUAAACCAAAAACGAUCAGAUCAAAAGAUUAGCAGAGAAUAAUUUAGCAAAAUCAAACAAAAAUGGCUACAACAGCACUAUCAAGCUCAAGCAGCAGCCAUCCAUGGCAGUUAAUCUCAAAACCUCACACCAAUUUUACACUCUCUUCUUUCUCAAAUUCAUUCAUUUCUCUCUCUUCAUUUUCUUCUUCGUGUUCAUCUUCUUCUAAAAAUUCUAAUGCUUCCAAAAAUUUCGUCUACAUUUGUAAGUAUUCUGCUAAUGAUAAUCGAGAGAAGGCAAUAGUGGUUUCAAAACCCAUAAAAUCCCAUGAAUUUGGGGCGUUGUUUCAAAAGCGAUCAUUGUGGCGUAGGAUCUUUUUCACUUCCAAGAAAGUUCGCGCCAUUAUUCUGCUUAAUGUCAUUACUGUUAUAUAUGCUAGUGACAUUCCAGUUCUGAAAGAAGUUGAAGAAUUUAUGGACCCUGCUACUUUCAAUGUUUUUAGAUUUACUCUAUCAGCUGUUCCCUUUCUACCUGCUGCAUUUCAAGCAAGACAUGAUGCGCACGUCUGCAAGUCAGGAGCAGAAUUGGGUUUAUGGGCCAGUUUAGGUUAUCUUUUUCAGUCACUUGGGUUACUUACAUCUGAUGCAGGACGUGCAUCUUUUAUCUCUAUACUUACAAUCAUUGUGGUUCCUUUGCUUGAUGGAAUGUUUGGAUCAGUGAUUCCACCUCUUACAUGGUUUGGUGCUAUCAUGUCGGUUGUAGGGGUUGCUAUGCUUGAAUCUACUGGAUCCCCACCUGAUGUUGGAGAUCUAUUUAACAUUCUGAGUGCAGUUUUUUUUGGCAUUAAUAUGUUGAGAACUGAAAGAAUAUCAAGAUGCACAAGCAAAGAGAACUUCAUACCACUUCUUGGAUAUGAGGUAUGCGUUGUUGCACUAUCAUCAAUAAUCUGGCUCUUCUUCGAUGGUUGGUUUGGUGAAAGUCUUAGACCAUGGACAUGGGAUUUGUUUUGGGCUUCAUUGGUCUCAUUUCCCUGGAUACCAGCAAUAUACACAGGAGUAUUAACAACCGGGUUAUGUUUAUGGGUAGAGAUGGCUGCAAUGAGAGAUGUAUCAGCAACUGAAACAGCGAUAAUUUAUGGAACGGAACCUGUUUGGGGUGCAGGGUUUGCUUGGUUCCUACUUGGUGAAAGAUGGGACACUAUUGGAUGGCUUGGUGCUGCUCUUAUCCUUGGUGGAAGCCUAGUUGUUCAUAUGUUUGGAUCUUUAUCGUCCACAGAUUCUGGCAGUGGUGAGGGGUGAUCUAGAAUAGGCCUCAAAUUAUAUAUCUGGAAUGGUAGAUUACACUUGAGUGAUAGAUAAUGUAGAUAAGAUGUGCAGUGUAUGUAUAGAUAGCACCAUAGUUUAGUGUACAUAAACCUGAUACGUAAGUACAUAACAGUAAAAGCGAAAACAUGUUAAUAUCCUUCAUCUAAGCCAGUAGCCAUUAGCCAGCUGCCAGCUGCAUUGCUGCCUUAAGUUUCGAAGUUUGGCAUAUUUAUAAAAUAUUUUCUGUUUAGUGUUUUGGGUAUGUAAUCUUAUUAAAAUGUAUAGAUAUUGAAUUUGUUACAAUUACGUAUAAAAUUUGGCAUUUAUACAGCUUUUUACAUACUUCA